UUGACGCCACCCGCUGCUGCUCACCUGUAUGGCAGGGGCGGUCUCUCCAUCCUGCCUCUCUGUGCUCUUCCAGCUCCGCGGUUCAGCCAGCGCUCCAGUGAAGAAAUGAAGCCGACAUGACUCCGACUUCACGGCUUUAUCGGCUGCUCCGCGGACUCCUGCUGCUGCCCGCCCUCUGUGCAGCGUGUGACCUGACCCUGUAUUCCAGCAGUAUCCAGCACUGUGUAACAAACUUCGAGGUCCAGAUGAACUGGACCGACCCGCAGCGUUGGUGUGACUGGAAUGUCCUUUCCAGUCUCUAUAAUGACCUGACUGUGUGUACGGAGAUGCUGGCUGACGCUCUGCAGUGUGAGUGGCCGAACCCCGAGGUGGACUCCCUGUUUGUGGGGGUUCAUGGCCGUUGGCUGAAAGCCUGCCCUCGCUACAUUGCCCCACUCCGUGACCCCCCCCUCUUUGUGCUCGUGCCUCUCAUCCUGGCUCCUGUCCUCUCCACGCUCCUGGUCACCGCUCUUAUCAUCUGGCUGGGCAAGCGGAGCGAGGGAAUGCUGUGAGUCUAGAACCUCUGACAGUCUAGAACCUUCAACAGUCUAGAACACUCUUUAGGACUAAAGUGCAAUCCAGAAUACUCUAGAAAACUGUUCUCCACAUUACCCUGGAACACAUUAAAACAACAAUUAUUGAAGACUAAAGUACUCCAGAAUCCAGAAUAUUACAGAAUGUUCCACACUGCUCUAGAACACCCUAGGACAGGGGUUCUCUACUGGGGGUCUGUGGCCCCCUAGGGGGCCUUGAGGAGGUUUCAAGGGGUCCUCCAAAAAUAAACCACAGAAUGUGUUAUUUUCCCUGCAUGCUUAUGACAUGCUGAGACCGAUUAGCUUUAGCAUGUCAGAAGCAUGCACAGAAAUGAACGUGUUCUGAGGUUACUAACACGUUCUCAGGUGUAAUAGAGCUAUUUCAGCGGGAGCACGACAGAUUACAAAGCAGAGGAAAAAUCGUUGGAAACACACACAAUAAAUACCAGAUAUGGAUACAUUUUUAAUUCGACCAUCAGCAUCAAAGCAACAAAACACACAGACUGAUGAUCCAGAAGUUCCUUCAACAAGUUCAACUGUAAGGGCUGAAGAACAGCGAGGAAGCAAAAAGGCUGGGAGCCCCUUCCCUCGGAGACUCUGGGGCCCUCUUGAAGAAUAAACUGGUGUUCUGAAUGGAUCCAGCACUACAGCACAUUGCUCUAGAACACUCUGGAUUACUUUACAGAAUGUGCUUCAGCAAUACAGGUGCUUAUAAACAGCACUGCAAUAUGUACAGCAGUACAGACUUUGGUGGAAAUGGAUGUUGCUCACAUAAUUCAUUUGUUAGGCGAAUGGCCUCCUCAACAUGUAAGAGAAAGCUCUUCCACAUCUUCACCCCAGUGUAACUUCAGUGAAGGGAACAGAGGAGGGAGGUCACUGAGGAAUGCUCCGAUCUCUCAAGGACAGUUUCAGCUGAACGCUGCCCCUCUGGUAAUCAAUCCUGUUUGACAGCGCUGUCUUGAGAGUGCUCUUUGAUUUGUGGCGUUGCUUCUUUUGUUGCUGUUGUCUUUACUGCAUGUUUUAAUAUCCGCCACUGCGUGUGAAAUAUUUGUUUACAGACUCUUAAGCCGUGAUGGUUACAUUUUCACAGAAUUGCAGAAAAGGAGACACCAGAAUGACUUGGUAAUCAAACAAGCGUGUGUGUGAUUGUGUGUGUUUGUGAUUGUGUGUGUGUGUGUUAGUUUGUGUGAUUCAAUGUGUGUGUGUGUGUGAUUGUGGGUAUGUGAUUCUGUGUGUGUGUGUGUGUGUGAUUGUGGGUAUGUGAUUCUGUGUGUGUGUGUGUGUGUGAUUGUGGGUAUGUGAUUCUGUGUGUGUGAUUAUGUUGUGUGUGUCUGUGUUUUUGAUUGUGUGUGAUUGUGUGAAUGUGAUUCUAUGUGUGAUUCUGUCUCUGUGUGUAAUUGUGUAUGUGUCUAUAUGUGUCUAUCUGUGUGUGUUUGUGUGUCUGUGUAUGUGUGUGUGUCAGUGUGUGUGUGUGCGCGUGUGUGUGCGUGCGUGCGUGUGUUUGUGUGUCUAUGUGUGUGCGUGCGUACGUGCGUGUGUGUGUGUAGGUGUGUGUGUGUGUGUAUGUGUGUCUGUGUGUGUGUGUGUGUGUGAGAUUCUGUCUGUGUGUGUGUGCGCGCGUGCGUGCGUGUGUGUGUGUUUGCGUGUCUAUGUGUGUGUGUGUGUGUGUGUGCGUGCGUACGUGUGUGUGUAGGUGUGUGUGUGUGUAUGUGUGUCUGUGUGUGUGUGUGUGUGUGUGUGUGGGGGCAGGGACAGAGGACGAUGACAGAGGAGC